AUGAAGUCUUUCUUCCUCGCUUCGGUCCUCGCGGUGGUGGCGUCUGCCAUCCCCAUGCCCGCCCCUGCUCCUCCUGGAAUCCCCUCCAAGUCUACUGCCCAGACCCAGCUCAACGCCUUGACUGUCAAGGCCAACUAUGACAACGGCGGUUACAACCGUGACCUCUUCCCUCACUGGAACACCGUUUCAGGCGCUUGCAACACUCGCGAGACCGUCCUCAAGCGUGACGGCACCAACGUCGUCACCAACUCGGCUUGCGCCUCCACCUCGGGAACAUGGUAUUCUCCCUUUGACGGCGCGACCUGGACUGCCGCCUCCGACGUCGACAUUGACCACAUGGUCCCCCUCAAGAACGCCUGGAUCUCGGGCGCCUACCAGUGGACCGCCGCCAAGCGGACCCAGUUCGCCAACGACCUCAACACCCCCCAGCUGUGGGCCGUCACCGACAACGUCAACCAGGCAAAGAGCGACAAGAGCCCCGACUCGUGGAAGCCCCCCCUCACCAGCUUCUACUGCACCUACGCCAAGAGCUGGGUCGCCGUCAAGUACUCUUAUGGUCUGAGCAUCACCAGCGCUGAGAAGAGCGCUCUUACCAGCAUGAUCAACACUUGCUAAAUGCAGAGGGAAGACUGAAUGGAUGGGAUAGCCCAGGGAUGUGAGAUGAUGAUGGCAGGAGUGGUGGAAGGGAAGCGCGAAAAGUGCAGUGUAUAUGGAGGAUGUUCAGAUCAGUGUAUAUAUUUUCAUGAGAUGAAUGACAGUGAGCUUCACUGCGAGCCACUGAUGGACCAAGGUACCUUUUCUCUUGACACCAGUUUGAGUCACAAAACUCCUUUGAAUGUAUGAAACGAAACUAGUCUCAGGGAUGUAUGUACCGUUAAACCCUAUCCAAACCCCACAAAAGAAACGCCAUUGCGAUGUAAUACCAUCCCAAAGCCCAAACCCACACCCC